UUGGAUCAAGUUUUUUGUUUUGUUUUGGUGUUGAGUCGCCUGCUUUCAGUUGGGCGAAGAUGUCGUUGUCGAGGAUGCUGCGCCCUUCCGCCAGGCUGUCACGCCGUUUCUUGAGCAUGCCUGGCGCGAGGCGAACACAUACAGAUAUCAUUGGAAUUGACCUGGGAACCACAAACUCAUGUGUUGCAAUUAUGGAGGGCAGCACGCCCAAGGUCAUUGAAAAUAGCGAGGGUAUGCGAACCACACCCUCGGUGGUAGGCUUCAACAAUGAUCAGCGAUUAGUUGGCAUUCCUGCCAAACGGCAAGCAGUUACCAAUCCGGAAAACACAAUCUUUGCGGCCAAGCGCCUGAUUGGACGAACGUACGACGAGGAUGCAACACAGAAGGACAAGAAGAUUUUGCCUUACAAGAUCGUCAAGGCGGCCAACGGAGAUGCUUGGGUGGAAGCUGCCAGCCAGCAGUAUUCGCCUAGCCAAAUUGGUGCCUUCGUCCUCACCAAGAUGAAAGAAACAGCCGAAAGCUACUUGGGGCGCACAGUUAGCAAGGCUGUGAUCACAGUUCCAGCCUACUUUAAUGAUCAUCAGCGACAAGCGACGAAGGAUGCUGGGAAGAUUGCUGGCAUGGAAGUUUUGAGAAUCAUCAAUGAGCCGACAGCAGCUGCAUUGGCAUUUGGGAUGGAAAAGAAGGAGGAUGGGCAGAUUAUGGCGGUCUACGACUUGGGGGGUGGCACCUUCGAUAUCUCCGUGCUGGAGAUCUCCACCGGUGUCUUCGAGGUCAAGGCGACGAAUGGAGAUACCUCUUUGGGCGGAGAAGACUUUGAUCAUGCGAUCCUGCAGUACCUGGUGGAGGAAUUCAAAAAGUCGCAGGGCAUUGACCUUUCCAAGGACAAAUUGGCAUUGCAGCGGCUCCGAGAGGCAGCUGAAACAGCAAAGAUUGAACUUUCCAGCAAAGUUCAGACCGACGUGAACUUGCCCUUCAUCACAGCGGACCAGACCGGCCCCAAGCACUUGAACAUCCAGAUGACCAGGUCCAAGCUGGAGCAGCUGGUGGAUCCGCUGCUGAGUCGGACCAAGGCACCCUGUGAGGCCUGCACCAAGGAUGCCGGGGUGAAGCCCAACGAGAUUGGUGAAAUCCUUUUGGUGGGUGGCAUGACACGCAUGCCCAAGGUCACCGAACUCGUCCGAUCGAUCUAUGGCAAGGACCCAUCGAAGGCGGUCAAUCCAGAUGAAGCUGUGGCCAUGGGAGCUGCGAUUCAGGGCGGCGUGCUGAAGGGAGAUGUCAAGGAUGUUUUGCUGCUAGAUGUCACACCUUUGUCGCUGGGUAUCGAGACCUUGGGCGGCGUGUUCACGCGUCUCAUCAACCGAAAUACGACCAUUCCCACCAAGAAGUCUCAAGUCUUCUCCACGGCUGCUGACAAUCAAACACAGGUGGGCAUCAAGGUAUUCCAGGGUGAGCGUGAGAUGGCAGCAGACAAUCAGAUGCUUGGGCAGUUUGAUUUGGUUGGCAUUCCGCCCGCUCCCAGAGGUGUACCACAAAUCGAGGUGGCAUUCGAUAUCGAUGCCAACGGCAUCGUCAACGUUAGCGCCAGUGACAAGGGAACUGGCAAGAAGCAGGCCAUUACUAUUCGUUCCAGUGGCGGCCUCUCUGAUGCAGAGGUGGACAAAAUGGUCCAGGAAGCUGAACGGAUGAGAGAGGCUGACCAGAGAAAGAAGGACACUGUGCAAGCCAAGAACGAGGCUGAAACCUUGGCAUAUCAGGCUGAAAAGCAGCUGACAGAGCUGAAAGACAAGAUGAGCACAGCAGAUGCUGAUGAGCUGAAGAAACUCAUGGAGGAUUUGCGAACAUGCGUGGCAAACGAGGAUGCGGACCUUGAUGAACUCAAGCAAAAGACCAAGGACCUGCAGGAGAAGUCCUGGAAGAUCACCCAGCAAGCGUAUCAGCAAGGUGCAUCCAGCGAGCAGUCAAGUGAGUCGCAGGAGAAACCUGACGAGAAGGAGAAGAAGUGAGCCUCCAACUCAAGCAAGUACAGAGUCCAUAGAGCUACUACGUUGACAGUAGAGCUCCAGCUAAGACGCCUCGUUGAUUUUGAGGCGCGACGAGCUCCAAGUUUUGGGUCCAGGACGUCUUCCUGUCCCUUUUUGCGAGUACAGGCCACGGAAAUUGUGGCGGCAAAGGCUGAGGCAAAGAUGCCCACUUCGGAGCUGAGCCUCAGCUGGCGCCAUUCACGCUGGCUGCGCUUGGUGUGACGCAAGCUAGCCAGUGCUGCAAUUUUCAUGAGCUGUCAGCUGGUGACCAGCCCCCACUGUUGCAAC